UGGUUAUAGGUAUGUGGGCCGGCGAAGUGAAUGGGGCGUAAAUUCUUGUUUAAUUCCAAUUGAAUCCCCGAAGCAACAGGUUGUACCUUGGCUCCAUCAGUUAACCUGCCCAACAAGUGUAAUUAUUUCUGAAAUUAAUCAGGAAAUAAAUUAAAAUGGUUAGCACCAAGUUCCUGACGUUCAACAAUGGCGAGAAGAUGCCUGUGAUUGGCAUCGGCACCUGGCAGGCAUCCGAUGAGGAAAUUGAAACCGCCAUUGACGCGGCGCUGGAAGCUGGCUAUCGUCACAUAGACACGGCGCCAGUCUACGGAAAUGAGAAGGCCAUCGGAAGGGUCCUCAAACGCUGGCUGGACGCCGGAAAGGUCAAGCGGGAGGAGCUCUUCAUUGUGACCAAGUUGCCUCCAGUUUCUAACCGUCCUCACGAGGUGGAGCCGACCAUUAAAAAGUCGCUGGAAGAUCUGCAGCUGGAAUAUGUGGACUUGUAUUUGGUGCACACUCCCUUCACCAUCCUCAUCAACGAGGAUGGCAGCUUUAAGGUGGGCGAGGAUGGCCUGAUGGAGGUCGACGUGACCACCAACCACGCCGCCAUCUGGGUGGCCAUGGAGGCUCUGGUGGAGAAGGGUCUGACGAAAUCCAUCGGCGUGUCCAACUUCAGCAAGGAUCAGGUGGCUCGCCUGCUCAAGAACUGCAAGAUCCGGCCGGCCACCAACCAGAUCGAACACCAUGUUUAUCUGCAACAGCGGGACCUGGUCGACUUUUGCCAGUCCGAGAACGUGACCAUUACCGCCUACUCCCCGCUGGGAUCCAAGGGUAUCGCCAAGUUCAACGCAGGUGCUGGCAUCGUCAGGGACCUGCCAGAUCUGAUGGACAUUCCAGAGGUCAAGGAGAUCGCCGCCGCCCAUGGCAAGACUCCAGCCCAGGUCCUGCUCCGUUGGAUCAUUGACACUGGGGUGGCCGCCAUUCCCAAGAGCACGAACCCGGAUCGCCUCAAGCAGAAUCUGGAUGUCUUUGACUUCGAACUGACGGCGGAGGAGGUGGCCAAGCUGUCCAGCCUGGACAAGAACAUUCGCGUCUGUGACUUCGCCUUCUUCCAUGGUGUGGAGAAACAUCCGGAGUUCACCUUCAAGAAUCAGUACACCAACUAAUCAGCAAAACAUUUUUAAAAGGCGUAUAAAUCAAGGGUAUAUAUUAUAUUAUUAUAGAAAGUAUUUACCGAUUAUCGUAAAGCUUUCCCAUUUCGAAUUUUUUAAAAAGACUACGCUGUCAUUUAAUCCACAUACAUAUUUUAAUACUCUGUGUUAAAUGUUAUCGACACCUUAUAAAUUAUUGAAAUUCAA